AUGGCCUUCACUCUUCCACCCUGCCAACGCGCUUGGACAUACACGACAUGGGGAAUGCCUCGUCAAAUCUUGACCCUGGCCGACCAGUUUGAAGUGCCCAGUCCGCCAGCGAAGGCCGACCUCAUUAUACGCGUUUCUCACGUUAGCCUAAACCCCGGCUGCUACAUCACCAUGAACGCUAUACCGCCUUUUGUGAGGCGUCUUAUCUCAGGGAAGACUGUCUAUGUUCCCGAAGGAGAGUUCUCUGGUGUUGUGCAUCUUGCUGGGCCUGCUGCACCAAGUCAUCUCCAGCCUGGGACCCGUGUGUUUGGCUCUUUGCCGGUAUCUACGCUGUUCUCUGGCCAAGGGACCCUCGCAGAGUACAUUCGACUGCCGGCCAAUGUUGUUGCUGUCGUUCCAUCAUCGUUAAAUUGGGCCGAGGCGUCGGGACUUUCUGGUGGUGGAUUGACCGCCGUUUGCAUGCUUCAAGAAGCAAAUAUCACUCCUGGCACUCGCAUCUUCAUCAAUGGUGCGUCUGGAGGUGUCGGGACAAUGCUCCUCCAGCUCGCAAAAGCCCAAGGCGCCUACAUUGUCGCAACCUGCUCCCCGCGGACAAAAGCCUUGGUAAAAUCCCUAGGCGCCGACGAAGUAGUGGACUACCGCACCCACUGUCCCCUCCCCUCUUUCCUCGCCCAAAAUUACGCUCCAUUCACUUAUAUAUUCGACACCAUCGGGACUCAAGCGCUUUUUGAAGGGUCUCCGUCGUACCUCUUGCCCUCAGGUCUCUAUAUAAAUGUUGGCAACUUUGAGGGGUUCGGGACCGCCAUCUGGAAUGCCAUGCGCAACUCAUACCUUCCUAAACUCUUUGGCGGGGUACCCAGGCGAUAUCUCAUGGUCAGUACGACGCCAAACGCGGAGAAAGCUACUGUCUUGGCGCGGGUGGCGGAAGAGGGGACAGUGAAAGUUGUUGUGGAUGAGGUAUUCGCGUUUGAAGAUGCAUUGAAGGCAUACGACCGAAUCACAGAAAGGCAUGCGAUGGGGAAGGUUAUCAUCAAAGUACAAGACAUUUAA